AUUUUGUAGCUCGUGAAAUUCUCUAUCGAAUGGUAUAUAAUAGUUGGGGUUUUAGUUGACUAUGAUAGGAAAAGUCUUUUACGAAAGUGGGGAUGGGUCGAUCUUUCCAUAGGGAAGGUGCAGGGAAAAAUGAGUCUUUUUGCAAUAACUCAGGAAGGGCUCGGCCAAUCCUUCUCAUCUUCGAACUCGACCGAGAUAUUGUUAAGACUGAACUGUGUAGAAAAUUUCAUCGCGAUCGGACUCUCCUUUCAAAAGUUAUCGUGUUAACGGCCGGACGGCCGGACACACUGACCGAUUCUAGAGUGUACUCACUUUUUGAGUACACAAUAAACUAAAAUCAGGAGCAAUCAGGAGAAAACCAUGAAAAUCAGCUCCUGAAUUCACAAGAAUUUUAAUCAGGAGAAGAUUCAAAAAGUCAGGAGUCUCCUGGUCAAAUCAGGAGAUUUGGCAACUCUGAUAAUUUCAUGAUCAAAUGAACAAGAUCAAUAAUAUUGAUAUUGAUAGUUUUCAGCUAAUAACAAGAAACUAAUCUAUAUGAAUGACAGCUUGAUAGUGAAAAGCCAAGAUACUGUUUACAACGACGCCAUUACACACUUUAUUAUUAUGACACAGCCUCCACUGUAUUGAUUGAUAUGAAACUAGUUUUACAGCUGUAGCGUAGGGACAUCUUCCGCGUGAAACUCAGUUUGAUCGAAAAUAAAAUAUACAAAUUAAAAGAGAACUUAAUAUAAAGUAUUUCUAUAAUAAUUUUUUUUUCUGAUGUGAAUAUGUGAACUAGAUGUCUCCACUGGUAGUGUAUCAUGCUGUCAAUUGGUGAUUCUAGUCACAUUGUUUUCGCCAGACAACGUACUAAUAAAAAAAAAUCAUAUUUUUGAUUUAUUCGAUUAUUUUAAUGAAAGAAUUUGAUGGCAACAGGAACACCAACAACUAAUUCUCAUAGUGGAAAACAUCCCCAUGUCGAUACGACACACUAGUGACACAUGUGUCGACACAUUAUAUGACACAUGUAACUUCAGUCACGCUUUGAUACAUGUGUCACCAGUGUGUCAUAGUGUGUCGACACAUGUGCGUAACGUGUGUUACGAUGUGUCGACACAUUCAUAUCCACCGUGUCGCCGUGUGUCUGUGUCGCUUUUUAAAAUCAUUCUAUUGGCUUAUCUUUCGUCACUAGCAGCUAUUAUUAUAUUAAUAGAUAUAUUAAUAUUUAAUUUUUUUUAGCAGCAUUCGCUGCACAAUACCUUUAUUUCAAUAAAAAAAAUGUGUAUUUAACAAAAAAAUAUACAUAAAAAAAUACACAUAAAAAAAUAUAAAUAAAAAAAAUAAAAUGUACAUUAAAAAAAAAUAAAAUGCACAUUAAAAAAAAAAACAUUAAAAAAUAUAAAUAAUAAAAUACAAUGUACAUAAAAAAAAUGAAAUAUACAUUUAAAAAUAACAUGCACAUAAAAGAAUUUACAUGAAAAAAAUAACUAAAAAAUGGAGACCAUGCACAGUUGCAUUAUUCGUAGAACGGAGAUGUUUUUGGAACAAAUUUGGGCAAAUUUAUAAAAAAAAAAUAAGAUUAAAUUAUAUAAAAAAAAAAACUUACGUGAAUUCUAUUAAUAAUUUCAUUCAAAAAAUUUAAUAUAAUAUCCGUUGUUAAACUUUAAGAUCUAAAACUAUAAAAUAAAAUUCAAUUUAAUUUUAAAAAAUUAAUUUAUUUUCAGCUUAUAAGGACGACGUUUCAAAUUUAUAUAGACGAAAAGAAAUACGUUUUUUUUUCUUUCCUUUCCUUUAUCCAUACUAUAUCGCUAUUUAUCCAUGACACGCUACCGAUACAUGUGUCGACACAUGCCGUACAGAAAAAUCACUGUGAUGACACAUAUCGUUACAUGUAACUCCAUCGUGUCAUUGUGUCGACACAUGUGUCGGUAGCGUGUCGUAUAGACAUGGGAUCGAUUAGAACCUGAAAUAGAAAAAUAUCGUUUAGAACUUAAUUGGACUAAAAUUCUUGAUAAAUUAAAAAGUGCAAAAGUUUCAGAAUAUGUUAAAUUUUUGGAAGGAGAAGCUCAAUUAGAAUAUUAUUUACAACAAUAUCCAUUAACUGAUUAUCGUCAUAUAGAACAAUCUCGAAAUGAUUUAAUUCGUGUUGAAAAUCUUCUAAAAUCAGGUGGAUCAAUUCGUUCAUUUGAAGAUUUACAUGAAAUAAUUAAAUCAUUUGAUGAUUCUUGUAAAUUAAGUCAAACAUAUUAUGCUGCUGUUGAAAAAUCUAAGCAUUUAAGUAGUGAGAAUUUAGAUAUUGAAAAUUCUUUAAUUGAAUUAGCUUAUCAACGUUUAUCACUUUUACAUGCUUCAAACAAUAGUAUAAAAACAGCUAUUGAAAUAUUUCGUUCAUAUAUUCGAAAUGUUCAUAUUAAAUCAUUAGAAACAAUGAGGCAAACAUUAAUUAAACAAUAUGCCGAAUUAUUAUUAUAA